AUGAACACUAAGACUAAGAUGGACGUGAACUCCCCUGCAAAGGGCUUGAGAGUGCUCAUUGUCGGGGCCGGCAUCGGUGGCUUAGCGGCAGCUAUCGCUCUUCGUCAGCAAGGUCACGAAGUCGAGUUGUUUGAGCGAUCUCAAUUCACUAACGAGAUCGGCGCAGCCAUUCACCUUACCCCUAAUGCAAACGGUCUUCUGAAGAGGAUUGGGGUGAAUGCCUUUGAGUAUGGCGCUGUACGAGCGGAGCAGGUUCGAGACUACACCUCCGAUGGCAAACUCGCGUUCACUAUGAGCAUUACCCAGUUUGCAGGCACCUGGCAGCAUGAAUGGCUUCUGAUUCAUCGCGCCCACCUUCACGAAGGGCUGAAAGACAAGGCCAGGGGCCCCGGCAAGGGAAAGCCUGCGGUUCUGCAUACCUCGAGUAAGGUUACUCGGGUUGAUCCAAAGACUGCCACUGUAAUUCUUGAGGAUGGAACUGAAGUUCAUGGUGAUGUUGUUAUCGGUGCUGAUGGUGUGCACUCUGUGACCCGGCGUCAUGUUGCUGGUUCCGAUAAGCAGGCCUUCAGCUCAGGCAAAAAUGCCUUCCGAUUCAUGGUCUCGCGCAAGGAAGUGCUUGAUGAUCCCGAGACUGCCCAUCUGGUGCGGGAUUUGGGAUCUGUCGAUAUGUGGCACAGCUCCGAUAGCAAGGUGGUUAUUUACCCCUGCGUCAACAAUGAGAUGCUCAACUUUGUUUGCAUUCACUCCGACAAUCUCACCAACAUUGGAGUAUGUGGAGGCUGGGACCAGGCUGUUGGUAAGGACACAUUGCUUGAGAUUUACAAAAACUACGAUCCUGUAGUUUGCAAAAUUUUGGCGAAAGCGGAUGCGCAGACACUGAAAAUUUGGCCUCUCCUCGACAUGGAAACCCUUCCCACUUGGGUUGAUCACCGCCUGGCAUUGAUUGGAGAUGCAGCUCAUCCAUUCCUACCUUACCGCGCAUCCGGCGGGGCCAUGGCACUCGAAGAUGGUAUUGCUCUGGGUGUCCUACUCCCGGGUGAUCUUCCGAAGGAAGAGGUUCAUGAGCGAUUGAAGCUUUAUGAAAAGGCACGCCACGAACGAGUCACCCGAAUUCAGGAAUAUACACGGGAAUCUGGAAAAAGCCACUUGCCGAUGGACACAGUUAUGAAAAUCAUAUCUGAGAUUUACGACUACGACGAAUUUGACUCCGCUACCGAACAUUUGAGACAGCACCAGCGCGCUCAAAACCCCAAGGUUUAUUACCGGCAACCAUCUGUGUUUGGCCCCAUGCCCGGCCCUCGCCAGGACUUUUGGGGUCGUAGCCGAGCUUUGGCAUCGGCGAAGGCUAGCUUCUGCACAGCUUCCAUCAAGAUCAAAACCAGUCGGACCCUGCUGAAGAACCUUUUGCCUAACGACACAUACAGCUUUUCCGGACAUGGCAGCGUGGCCUACGCAACUUUCUCCCAGACCACUUUGGAUGGCUUGAACUGGCUUGCAGGAGGAGGAUAUAACCACAUGGGGCUCUACAUCCACGGCAUUGAGUAUCCGCAAGCCAAUGGAGAAAUCACCCGAGGAGCAUAUCUUCCAAUCCUGUUUGAGGAUCUCACGGAUCCCAUCCUCUCUGGAAGAGAAGAGCUUGGAUUCCCCAAGGUUUUCAGCGCCAUCGACGUGGACAAGCGGGAAGAGUCUUAUCAUGUUACCACAAGCUGGAGAGGCGCGGUGUGGGGCCGGAUGACACUGACUGGUCUUAGUGAGGCAGAGAAGACUUCAUCAGCUGAAGCCGGGUCUGCCGAUACCGGUAUUUUGGUACAUCGCUAUAUGCCAUCUGUGGGCCGAGAGGGCAAGGGCACCCCGGAGGCAGAAUAUCCAGUAUUCGUCGAUUACGCAUUGGAGUCCCAAAUUGUGCCCACCAAAAUUACCCGCGUGCUCAAAGCAUCUAAAGGAAACAUUCAGAUCGACGGCCUUGAUUGGAAUCAGCUGCCUACCUUGCACCAUAUCAUCUCUCGCCUUGCCGAGAUCCCGGUAUAUGAUAUCGUUGAAGCUAAGGUCACCGAAGGUGAAGGAGUGAUGGAUAUUUCCGCUGCGAAGAGAAUUAUAUAG